CAUACAUGUGUGUAUGUAUCGAACCCAUACAUUACACCCGAAACGCUCUCUCUUCUCUCUCGAUUAGGUUUCCUUCUACACUUGCUCUUCUUCUUCAUCAAUCUCGCUCUCUCUCUCUCGUUUCGAUUGCAACAAUGGUUGACGCUAAACAAGUCCGCUUCAUCGUCGGAAUUAUCGGGAACGUGAUCUCCUUCUUUCUCUUCUUCUCGCCAAUGCCGACGUUUUGGAGGAUCUUUAAGAACAAGUCUGUAGAGGAGUUUCAACCGUGGCCUUACGUGGCAACGAUGAUGAACUGUAUGCUUUGGGUUUUCUACGGACUCCCUGUCGUUCACAAGGAUAGUAUCCUUGUUACCACCAUUAAUGCGGUCGGCAUGGGAUUCGAAGCUUUCUACAUAUCCGUCUUCUUAAUCUACUGUGGCGGCAAGAAAAACUUCAGGAGGAACAUUGGGUUAUACCUUGUGGCUGAGGUUAUUGCGGUGGCUGGGAUUGUUUUGAUUACUCUUUUCGCUAUUCAAAACGAGUUUGCUAAACAGACGUUCGUUGGUGUCAUCUGCGACGUCUUCAACAUUGCUAUGUAUGGAGCUCCUUCACUUGUCAUCAAAAAAGUGAUAAGGACAAGGAGUGUAGAGUACAUGCCGUUUCUCUUGUCUUUCGUCAGUUUCGUUAACGCUGGGAUUUGGACUGCCUACUCUUUGAUCUACAAACUCGAUCUCUACGUCCUCAUAAGCAACGGUCUAGGAACAGCCUUGUGUGCGUCUCAGCUAAUUGUCUAUGGUUUGUACCGCAACGCUACUCCAAGGGAUGAGGAUAAAACGAAGCCAUCGGAGAUUGAAAUUCCAGCGACGGCCUGAUGUUCAAGUUGUUGAUGUUUGGAUCUUCUCUACUAUGCGUACAUGUACAUACACAUUUGUGUGUAUGUAUAAGGAUUUUUUUUAUCUUUUCAGCUUUGUUUGGGUUUUGUUAGAAUCUUAAUAACAUUAGUUCUUUUUUAAUUGUCUAUUUUCUGGAUGAUUUUUUUCUCAAGUAUUGAUUUUUCAAAAAUUUA